CUCAGCUAGAGUCAUUAAGUUUUACUUGACUUCCAAAAAGUGAACGUAGGUUAGACUUUCUCCAACUCUUCAUCCUCACUAAGAAAGCGUGUUGCCAUCUUGUGAGAAUAAGAAAUGACAGCAACUGAACUCCAAGAAAAUGCACAAACAGUGAGACCUCGAAGAUUAAUGUGUCUCUUCAACAAUAUCAAGUUCUUUGUACUGUGUCAUGGAAUGCUACAGCUUGCUCAGUUAAUGGUGUCUGGCUAUCUAAAGGGGUCCAUAACCACUAUUGAAAGAAGAUAUGGAUUUUCAAGUCAAAAAUCAGGAUUGUUGGCAGCUUUCAAUGAGGUGGGGAAUACAGUUCUGAUCGUGUUUGUUAGUUUCUUUGGCAGCCGGGUCCAUCGGCCAAGAUGUAUUGGAAUUGGAGCAAUGAUUGCAAGUGUGGGAGUGUUCCUUAUCACAUUGCCUCACUUCAUUAGUGCAAAGUAUGAAUAUACAGAUUCCAAUAGCUAUGUCAAAGAGAAUAGGUCUGGCAAUUGCCAAUCAGAGAGCAUAUUCCAAAGGAAAAUGGAAGUGUCUAACCAGACAUGUAAUAAUGAAAAGACUGAUGCUUACAUAGGAGUGUAUCCAAUACUUCUUUUUGGCCAGUUACUAUUUGGGAUUGGGGGAGUCCCCAUACAACCUUUUGGGAUUUCCUACAUUGACGACUACGCAAAAACAAGGAAUUCACCCUUCUACUUAGGUAUACUCUUUGCAGUCACAGUAAUAGGGCCAGCAUUUGGCUACAUGAUGGCAUCUCUCCUGCUUCAUUUGUAUGUUGACAUUGACAAGAUGUCUUUUGAUAAAAUAAUUUUGAAACAUGAUGACCCCAGAUGGGUUGGAGCUUGGUGGUUGGGAUUCAUUGUGGCUGGCACACUCCUAAUCCUGACGUCUUUGCCAUACCUGUUUUUCCCCAGAAAGAUGUUCAGAGAGGAAAUUGCUGAGGUCCAGAAGGAUCCAUCAUCUGAGAAAAUACUGGAGAAGACAACCAGAACUGAAGCAGCAACUGAAGUGUCUCUCACUCAGUUCCUAAAAAGCUUUCCCAAAAUCACACUGAGAACUAUACAGAACCCAAUUUACAUGUUGGUUGUGUUUGCUCAGGUGAAUCUUGCUGCCAUGGUGGCUGGAUUGGCCACUUUUAUGGCCAAAUUCAUAGAGAGGCAGUUCACACAGACGGCCGCCUUCUCCACCAUGAUGAUAGGCGGUUUAAAUAUUCCCUCUGCCAUGUUGGGCAUUAUGGCUGGAGGGGUUAUCAUGCACAGGUUGAGUCUGUCCAUAAAAUCUUCAGCUGCAAUGUGUACCAUAGCAGUUCUCAUCAGCAUGUUCUUUGCAAUUCCACUUCUUUUCCUUGGCUGCCCCACACAAAGAAUCUCUGGCAUCAACCAUACUGGAAAUGUCUCAAUUCAGCAAUGCACCAAUUCGUGUUUGUGCUCUGAUGAGGCCUUCGACCCUGUAUGUGGCUCAGAUGGUGUGGAGUUUCGUUCUCCUUGUCAUGCUGGAUGCAUGACAGGAAUACCCUGUAAUAGUACAGACAAAGUCUUAAACUACACAGACUGUAGCUGUGUGUCAUCAAGUGGCUCUCUGGGCUUUGCAUUACCAGGAACAUGCAAAAGUGGUUGUGCCGAUCGCCUCAUCUCCUUCAUGAUCCUCUCCUCCAUCACAUGCUUUGUGGCUUCACUUUCUCAUACUACAUCUUUCAUGAUGAUACUCAGGACUGUGACUCCAGAAGACAAGUCUUUUGCCUUGGGAAUACAGUUCAUGCUGUUUAGAGUGCUUGCAUUUCUCCCAGCACCGGUGUUGUAUGGCAGUGCCAUUGAUUCGACAUGCAUUUUGUGGGGAAAGAAAUGUGGAGAAAAAACAUCAUGUAGCUACUACAAUUUAGAUCUUUUCAGACACAGAUUUCUGGGACUCCAGAUUUUCUUUAUAUUUGGUGGCUUCAUCUGUUUCCUCCUGUCUUUUCUGAUGCUUCGAAGGAAAAAUUCAACCCAGCUACAAAAUGAGCAGAUGAAGAGCCAGACUGAAAGUGAAAGCUCCCCAGAAAUGAAAGAUACCAUACAGUCAUUGGGCAAUUCAAAUGGACACUGCAGUACACAAAAACGUCCUUAGAGAGUAAAGAUUAGACAGAAGGAAUGUCCAUUUGUAGGCCUUAAGGUAGUAAGGCGCUAGAGAUCUUGAGAUUGGUCUCUCAACUUUAAUUAUUAACAGCCUGACUAUGUGUCAUAAGCUAAAAUUGGCCACGUUUAUGACAAUGACGAAACCAAACUGUGAGUUUGAACAGCUGUCUUCAGUGAGUCAUGAUAAUGCAGGGAAUAAUAGUUCUUCUGCCAAAAGCACAAGUGACCACUGUAGAAUAUUGUGUUUGUAAAACACAUCUCUUCUUAUAUAUAUUUACUUAGUUUAGACCCAGUAAGUACAAGUAGCCAAAAAUAUUGAUAUAGAAUUUCUGUCAUUUUGGUGCCCUUUAUUUAUUAGUAUAAUGAAAGUUAUACUAUUAGUAUAUCUGCAUAACGGUCACCCAAAAGACUCCAAUGGUUUAAUCCAUGGCUUCUGAAGUAACUCAGUUGAUUUUGGGUGAGAACAGGUCAAAAUAUAACUCCUUUUUCACAAUAAAUAUCAACAUCAGCAGUUUUCUUGACAAAUCAUGAUUUCAAGCAUGAUUACUCUUCCUAGCACCAUCUAACAUUCUGCAAGCUUGAAAACGUAAUUUGGUUAUAUUUUGGUCUGUUCUCACCCAAAACUGAUAUACCCUUCAGCAUAGGCCUGUUUGCUUACUAAAUAUUUUAUCACAUUUGUAAGUUUUGUGCUUUUUUGUCACUUUGAAGUGUUCUGCUACAGUAUAACCCUGAUUGAAAAUAAAAUGUCAGUUUUCGUAAAUGGAUUGUGACACCAGACUUUUUAACUAUUUAACUGUACUUUAUCAAAGUAAUAAUUAUGUUGGAUAGGUUUUUAUUUUAAAUAAAAAUUCUAAUUAAAAAGGAGAAUAUGUGUACAUGGGAAAACAUGAAAAUAGCAUGUAAUAGGGGAAAUUACUAAAUAUCUUUUUAAAGACGCAUCUUUUUAACCCUCUGGGGUCUGAGGGUGUUUUGGGCCCUGGAGAAGUUUUGACAUGCCUUGACAUUUGUGCUUUUUUCAGUUGUUUAAAAACAUAUUAAUGGCUACAGUCUGAUAACAAUGUAUUCAGCAUGACAUUCAGCAUCAACCCUUCUACCCUAAUGGUGUUUAGUGUUUGUUUGUCUCUACAUGUUUGGUCAUUGCUCUUCAUGCAACUUCAUGUCAUCAUGUGCUCUCCUGUCAUUUUUAAAGUGAUUAACAAUACCUUAUCAAAUAAAAAGUAGAUUUUCACAGUUUCAGAAUGUUAAUAUCAAGUGUAUUAGUUUUUUUUAUUGUAAAUUGAACAGAUUUCUUUUUUUACAGUUCCAGCAUGGUCAUGUAAAUUAUAACAGUUUUAAACUGUAAAAUUUACAUAAUUAUUCUGGAAUCCACAGCUGCCAUUUUUUGUUGUUGUUGUUGUUGUAAAAACAACUGGAUUUUGCUUUACAGUGUAGCUGUUCUACAUGGAAAAGCCACUAGGAGAACAGGUGUAAAGUAUCAUUGUUAUAUAAUUGUGUUACAUAGGUCCAAGGUCGCAUAGAACUGUCUGGGGUGAACUUGACAAUGUGCUUGACCCUUGUGAAUUUUUUGUAAAAAAGUUGUAUAUAUUGAUAUAUUUCUUACCCACACCUAGCGU